AUGGCUGAAAAACAAAAAGGAAAAGUUUUUCUAAGACCAUCAAAGACCGUAGCAAACUUUGAUGAUACACCCUUAUGGAAUCAUGUGAAAGUUAUUCAACUUGCUGCUGGUGGUGGUGGAAAUAGGACUUGGUUGUGCAACUAUUGCAACAAAAAGGUUACUGGAUCAUAUUAUAAAGUCAAAGGACAUCUUUUAAAGCUUUCAAAUCAUGGGGUUGAAGCUUGCAAACAAAUAAGUAGUGAUGUAUACGCGGUUUUAAAAUUGGAGCAUGAGCAAGCUGAAAGUAAAAAAUUAUCCAUCCAAGUAAAUGCUAGAAAAAAAUCAGAUUACAUUUCACUACCAGAAGGUUCUGAUUUAGCACAACAGAAAAAAAAAAGGAAAGGUGCAGAAGGUGGAGGUAUUGAAAAAGCUUUCAACCUUCAUCAAAGAAAUACGGCGGACAAAUUGGCAGCCCGUAUGUUCUAUGCAUCAGGUUUAUCAUUCAAUCUAGCAAAUUCUCCAUACUUCAAAAAGUAUUCAAAGUUUCUAGCAGAUAAUCCUUUAGCUGGUUAUACUCCUCCAACGUAUAAUAGGCUUAGAACGAGUCUUUUAUCUCAAGAAAAGAUGAACAUUAUGACAAAAUUGCAGCCAAUUAAAGAUUCAUGGAAAAAGAAAGGGUUGUCAAUUUGUUCCGAUGGAUGGUCGGAUGUUAAGAGACGACCAUUGAUAAAUAUAAUGGCGGCAUCUAGCGGGGGACCAAUAUUUUUAAAUUCCAUUAAUUCAAGUGGAAUUGUGAAGGAUGGUGACUAUGUUGCUAAUCUAUUUGUUAAAGCAAUAGAAGGAGUUGGUUCGGAGAAUGUUGUUCAAGUUAUAACAGAUAAUGCAAGUAAUAUGAAACUUGCCGGUAGUAUCGUAGAGCAAUCUUUUCCUCACAUCUUUUGGACACCAUGUGUAGUUCAUUGUUUAAAUCUAGCAUUGAAAAGCAUGUGUCAACCUUCGGAAAAAUCAACUCACUAUAAAAAUUGCAAGUGGAUGGUAGAGUUGAUUAGUCAAAUGAACAAUCUGAAAAAUUUCGUGGUGAAUCAUGACAUCGCUCAUUCUAUCUUUAAAAAAUAUUCGGAUUUAUGUAUGUUGAGAGUUGCUGAGACAAGGUUUGCUUCACAUAUUAUCAUGGCUGAUCGUUUUCAAAAAGUGAAGAAGUUUUUAGAGCAAAUGGUGAUGGACGACGAAUGGAAGCACUACAAGGGAGAUAAGGUAAUUGAAGCCAAAACACGUGACAUUAAAUCUCUUAUAAUGAAAGAUGAAUGGUGGGAUAAAGUUGACUUCUUUUUAGAAUUUACGAAACCAAUUUUAUCUAUGCUUAGAAAUGCCGAUCUUGAUUGUCCAAGUUUACACCUUAUAUAUGAUAUGUGGGACACAAUGACCGAGAAAGUGAAGAAAAUUAUUUUUGAGCAUGAGGGGAAAGAUCUCCUUACCGGUCAAUCGGAUUUCUUUGAUACAAUUCACGGAAUUCUUGAGGCUAGAUGGAAUAAAAGCAAUACCCCAUUGCAUUGCAUGGCACAUUCUUUGGUUCCAAAGUACUAUCAUGAAACAUGGCUCAAAGGUGAAAAUGGGAUUCGAAGAUUUCCACCGAAUGAAGAUAGUGAGAUUUCUUUCAAUAGGGUAGAGUGCUUCCGGAGAUAUUUUAGAAAUUCAAAUGAGUUCAAAAAAGUUUCUCUAGAAUAUGGAGCCUUUUGUAGCGGUAGUGGUUAUUUUGGUGAGCCUCAUGUUAUUGAAGCUAUGAUGUAUGAGGAACCUCUUUCUUGGUGGGCGAAUCACGGCGUUUCGGCUCCUCUUUUGCAAAAGUUGGCUUUCAAAUUGCUUUCACAACCGGCUUCUUCCUCUUGUUGUGAAAGAAAUUGGAGCACUUAUUCUAUGAUUCACAAUAUCAAGAGAAAUAAGUUAACAACUACAAGAGCUGAAGAUUUGGUGUUUGUACAUUAUAACAUAUGUUUGCUCUCUCGCAAGAAAGAAAAAUAUACGAGUGGUCCAAGCAAGUUUUGGGAUUUGGGUGGAGAUCAUGUCGAUAUUGAUAUUGAUGAGACUUCUAAUAGUUUACUUGAGCUAUCGAUGAAUGAACCACAAUUAGAAGGGGUGAUAUUUGGAGAGGAAUUUGAAGACUUGGAGGAAGUUGAAGACAUGGAAGAAGAAAGCUGA